CCGCGGGCGCGGAAGAGCUCGUCCCGCGACCAUGGCGUCCGAGCGGCUGCCCAGCAGGCCGGCCUGUCUGCUCGUGGCCAGCGGCGCUGCAGAAGGUGUGUCAGCCCAGUCCUUCUUCCAUUGCUUCACGCUGGCCAGUGCUGCCUUCAACCUGCAGGUGGCCACUCCUGGGGGAAAGUCUAUGGACUUUGUGGAUGUCACUGAGAAUAAUGCCCGCUGGGUACAAGACUUCCGCCUCAAGGCCUACGCCAACCCUGCCAAGCUUGAGUCCAUAGAUGGUGCCCGAUACCAUGCCCUCCUGAUUCCCAGUUGUCCUGGUGCCCUGACUGACCUGGCUAGCAGUGGGUCCCUGGCUCGCAUCCUGCAGCAUUUCUGCUCAGAGAGCAAGCCCAUCUGCGCCAUUGGCCAUGGUGUUGCUGCCCUGUGUUGUGCCACCAGUGAGGACAGGUCGUGGGUCUUCCAGGGCUACAGCCUGACAGGGCCCUCUGUGUACGAGCUCGUCAGGGCACCUGGCUUCGCCCAUCUACCGCUGGUCGUGGAGGACUUUGUGAAGGAUUCGGGUGCCAGCUUCAGUGCCAGCGAGCCUGACGCCGUGCAUGUGGUGCUGGACCGGCACCUGAUCACUGGCCAGAACUCCAACUCCACUGUUCCUGCCAUCCAGAACCUGCUCUUCCUCUGUGGCAACCGGAAGUGAGCCUGUGAUGGAUGCUGCCCCAUCAACACCACCCAGGUGGCCCAGAGGCAGCUCGACUCUUUGACCAGCCUCCGAGGGCCCUGUUGGUCUCCACCUGAUGAGGGUCUCUCAAGGCCCCAUCCUGGGCCUUGUGGGAUUGCUGGAGGCCUCUAGGAAUUAGUCCUGUGAGGUAUCAGUAUCAGUCUGAGCACCCCCUCCCCUAGCCCCAGCACACGGUUUAAGGCACAGAGGGUCUUAUCUGGCCUGGUGGUCCUUGAGAAUGUUGAAUGUUCUAGGGAGAAUGGUUGGUGUGAAGCAUGCUCAUUGUCCCCAAGAUGAAGUCAGCUUCAGGGUCUUAGGAUGGGGUGUUGCUCUGCUCCCUUUAGCUGGUAGUGGGAACCGUGGGGGCAGGGCAGUGGGUUGGAGCUUGUUCAGGACUCACCCUGUGACUGACUCCUAAACUGGUAGCAAUCCUGCUGAAGUUUGCCCUUUAUUUAGCCUUCACUGGCCUGUGAUUUGAAUGUAGAGGGAGGCCCCUGUGGAGCCUGGCAUGGUGGUAGGCACUCAGGAUGGACACCGUGAUAUCACCCUGUCCUAGUCAGCAUAGGUAAUUGUGCUGGUGAAUGUCACACCUUGAGAUCCUUAAGCUGCUGUUUCUCAGCAGUGUGCCUAGUGAUUUCUGGUUUGCAGCAGCCUCAGCCCAGAUACUUGCAUGUCCUCUACCUGAAAGGAGCAGUCCUGGGUGGCCUUGAGCUGUGUGGAGCAGGGGUGGCCUGUGAGUCAUCGUCUCCUAGGCAUUCCUAGGCUUUAAGGCUAUGUGAACCACCUCCCUCCUGGAUGGACACAACUUGUUUGCUAUGCGUCCUGGGCACCUGGCCUGGGCUGGAAUCUCCAGUGAGCAGCCAGCUGGCCCUGGAGUACAACUUCCAAGCACCUUGUAUCCCCAACUCCUGCCUUGUCUGAACUUUCCUGGCCCUAGACUCCCGGAUGGAGCCAGUGCCAGGGACACAGCAAAACACUUUCUGGUGGUUAUGAAGCUUCAAUAAGGCAAAUCCAAAACAAAACAGAAGAUGGGAACAAGGCAGUCUGUCUCUCUCUGGACCUUGCCCCCUGGCUUUGCACUGUCCCCAUCUGCUCUGACUUUGCCGGCCCGUCAUAGGCCAGGCGAUGAGUAAGAUGAGUAAACAACAAACGCACUUCACACAGUUCUAGAGGCUGGAAGUCCAAGGUCAACGUGUGGCAGAUACGUCUCAUAAGGAUAGCGGCUCCUCAGCAGGAGUGGAGGAAAGUCCUCUAGGACUUCCCUCACAGUGCCUAAGGCCGCACCUCCUAACUCCUGUCACCUUGGGGUACAAUCGGACCCCACUGGAAAGAUAAGGUUUAAGAGCUUUUUUGAGAGUUUGCCAGUAUGCAGGACAGAGAACCACUGUAUUACUGUUCCUUAGUUCCAUCCCCCCACCCCCUUUUUUGUUUUGUAGACAGGGUCUUACUCUAGACCAGGUUGACCAGGAACUAACUCUGUAGCCCCAGGCGGACUUUGAAUUCAAGGUGAGCCUCCUACUUCAGCCUUC